AUGUUGUGGCAAACGGUCUACCUGCUCGUCGUGGCGUGCGCCGCGGUCAGCACCACGCCGAUCCUCUCCAGCAGCGACCAGGAGAGCAUUAGAAGACCCCGCCACAUUGGAGGAUUUGGAGGUGGCGGAAUCGUGGGAGGCGGCAUCGUGGGCGGCGGCAUCAUCGGCGGCGGAGGAGUAGCUGCUCCCAUAGUGGCGGCCCCCGCUAUUCAAACAGUUCCGGUUGUGUCCACGGUGCCCAUCAUCACCACUGUGCCCGUCGUAUCCAGCAUUUCCACCGUCCAGACGAUCCCCAGCUAUGGCUAUGGAUAUGGCGGAGGUUAUCCCGUCGGAGGAGGACUGGGCGGACUAGGUGGAGGACUGGGUGGACUCGGUGGAGGACUGGGCGGAAUUGGUGGAGGCGGAGGCUUCGUUGGCGGCGCUGUGGGUUUUGCCAAAUUCAAAGGCGGUUUCAUUGGCUAG